ACGGUAUGAAGAAACCAGGAAAUGUUCAUGCUUCGAAUUGAUAAACAAGUCAGGACAUGUCCCAGCUAGAUAGAAAGACUUGAAAAUGCAGAUCUCAAUAACCGAGGUUAUAUUCAUAUUUAGUUUGCUACAGGUGGCUGUCUUAUCCACUCCAGUAGCAAAUAAAACAAAAUACAGUUUUGCAGGUAGUUUGGAUCAUCAUAACCUUGUGAAAAGAAGUACAUGUCCUCAAGGUGAACAUGCAGGAAAUAAUGGAGUGUGCUGCAAGAUGUGUGCAGCAGGCCAGAAACUGAAGGAGGAAUGUACAAAUGAACAUGAAGAGCCAACAUGUGAGCAGUGUGAAUCUGAAACAUAUACUGCCUACCCAAAUUACGAACCGGAUUGUGAAGCUUGUAAGCUAUGUCACGAAUACGAUGGGUUUGUGGAAGAGUUACCUUGCACUAAUACUAAUAACACAAAGUGCAGAUGUAUGAAGGGCUUCUACUGUGGUGUCAGUACAGACUGUUCCCACUGUACACCCUGCCAGAAGUGCCUAAAUUCUGAGAUUGAAGAAAAAGAAUGCACACAAACCAACAACACGGUCUGCAAGCCAAGAGCAAAAAGUGACAGCAAAUGGUGGAUCGUUCUUAUUGUUUUACUUGUAUUGGCAGUAGUAAUAGGAUUAGUUUAUUGUUGGCGCACCAAAAAACUCUGCUUUGAUAAACCUGAAAUCGAUGAAAAUAGAACCCAUACCACUGAGACCAACCCUCUUCUUUCAGAUAUUGACCUUCACCCACAUCUCUACUUUAUUGCGGACACAGUUGGCUUCAGUGAGACAAGGAAGUUUCUUUUAACAAGUGGAUUUCCCAAGGGAAAAGUUGAAAAUAUUGUAGCAAAUUAUCCAAACAAUGUUAGGGAUCAGACUGUUGAAUUGUGGACGGCAUGGUACCAACAGCAUGGAAUUCUCAAUGCCUACCCCACUUUGAUCAGGAAGCUUCAGGAAAUGAAACUAAAUCAAAAUGCUGAUGCAAUACUCAAGCAUGUUGAAAAUAGUGUUCAAAAUGAAAAUGGAGACAGGGAUUGCAAAGAUGCAUAGUCAUUUUCAAUGUGUUACAGCAACAAGAAGUGCCAAGGGUGCAGUGAGCAUUUUAUCAUCUAAAGAGCAAUGAAGAGGCAUCUAGCUAUCAGAGCAUCCUUGUUACAAAGUAUGUAACUGCAUGAAGCUAAAGUCUUCCUUUCACAUUUAAAAACAUGUCUGAUUCACAGAAAAGCACAAUUUACACUACACAAUGAAAGAUUCUGAAAUUGACCCCAAACUUUCAGUCAAAUCGUGUAAAUCUAGAUCUAUUUAUAUUUACCUAAUUUUGAAUCUAAUCUUGGUCUGGUUAACAUUCUAUAGACCAAAUCGUUCCAUAAACAAGGUCUAGUUCAUUGCAGUUUGGAUCUUUCUUGUUGGUCACCCUAAGGAAUUAAAUAAAUACACACAAAAAAAAUGUAGAAUUCAUUUUCCGUUAUAUAGCUGACUGGAGACCAUCACAGUGGCUUGGCGAGUAGCACAUUUUAGUUUUUUCCGAUGAGCCUGUGAACUCCAGGCCAGUGUUCAGUGCUAGGCCACAACACUGAAGUACAGAUCAGAAUGUAUCAGAUGAACCAAGGAAUGUCUAAUUGUUUACAGCUGUUUUGAAGCCUGCACUUUUAUAAAAAGGAUAUAUAGUUAGUUUUUUUUUUUUUUUAUUGUAAUGCUAUAUUGUUCUAAUAAUGUAAUGCUUAUCUGUAUAUGCAUAAAUAUGAAUUCAUGUUUAAUAAAAUUUGCGAGAUUGCCAAAACCCA